GGCCCGGCCCGCCCUCGGCGCCGUUUCCAGCCGGCGGCGUUUGGCGGGCGCACGGCGGGAGCUCUGAACGGGAGGCGGCGGGAACGGCUCCGGGAUGUCGGUUAAGAGAGCAUUAAAUUUGGACUCUGUUAAAAAAGAUAACCCACCUGAUGCAACCCCUCAGAAGGCCAAAAGGAGCAAUCUGAGCUCCUACUCCCCGACCACAGGCACGCGCCAGAUGAGUCCCUUUUCCUCUCCCAUGAGCCACAGUGCACAAAUUCCCAGGAAACCCCCAGCAGAGGAUGGGAACGAGCAGAGCAAUUCCAAGAGCAGAUUAUCCAGGAGAGGGCAGCCUCAAACAGAGCAUGAUGUGUUCCUGGAGCUGCAGUCCCAAGUGAGAAGUUCCUUGCCCAGAGUCCUGAAAAUAAGAGCAAAUCUGACAAGCCUGAAGGCUUUGGAGGGCAGUAGAGAGCUGGAAAAUAUCAUCGGAGUCUCACACUCGUCUUGUAUCCUGAGUGCUGAGCUGCAGAAAACCCAAGCGCUGGUGAGUCAAGCAGAAAAACUGCAGCUGUUGAAAGCAAACCAUGGAGAAGUCCCUGCCCGAGGGCACAUCCAGAGUGCCGGGAGUGCUGCAUUCCUGAACUCACUUCUGGACAGAAGGAAGGAGCCCCUGGGCCUGCUCCCAGCCUUGCCCAGCACCAGGGCACUGCCAGAGUGACUAGGACCAAGGUCCUUCUUGUAAACCAUGUGCAGAGAGCUCUGGGAUGUCCUGCAGGCUGCAAGGGCCUAAGGGCAAUCAGUUAUUUCUCUGCACGAGGCAUUUGUUCCUGGUUUGUUGAGCUCCAUGACAAAGUGACUGUAGAAACUCUGCUCCCCCACUAAAACAUCCUAUGGUGUUUCUCCUCA